AUAAAAUUGAUAUAUUCCAAUAGAAAUAUCUGACCGUGUAAUAUUCAUUUAGAAAAUUGAUAUUUUUAAUAAAUAUAGAAAUAAAUAUUGAAUAAAAAUUUAUUUUAUAAAAUUGAAACAGAUGGCGCGGUAGGAUCUUUUAGUAUGAAAUGAUGGCGUUAGUGGCGGAACCAUGAAGUAACCUAACUUACUAUAAACAAAACAUUACAAGUGCAGUGAUAGACAUUGUAUCAUAGCUUUUGUGAUCAGAGGUUAAAAUUAUAUUAGGAAAAUAUAAUGUUGAAAUCAAUUUUAGCAGAAGAAUGUACUCGUACCAAAUUAGCACCAUCGUUAGAAAGAGUAUUAAACGAUUUAGACAGAGAAUCCACGCAUCACGAUUAUAUUGUUGCUUUAAUAAUAGUAUUAUUAGCAGAGGCUGGUUUUUAUUUAUCAUCGUCAUAUAGUGACCGGCCACAAUGUCCAAAACUACUCUAUAUACCAAAAAGUUGGAAAUCACGAGACACUGGAAUAUAUGAAAUGUAUUUUCAACUAGAAAGUGUUCCUGAUAUAGAGUGCAAACUAGUUGCAGUCCCUCUGGGAGACACAUUGAUUUUGAAUUUUUUUCCCCUUAUGGAUGGAAAAACGACUUACAGUAUAAGUGUACAGACUCUGAAGUAUGUUAAUCCUUACUCGAGUGAUCUUUGUGGACGGUACAUGAAUCUUAAAGCAAUAUCUCACAGGUUUAAGGAUCAAUUGUCUACACCAGUGCGUAAAGAUCUAUUUAUCAAAGCUGGUGUGAUGGGUCCUAGUCUUCAAACUAUUCCAAUUGAGUUGAAGUUCAGAAUUUUAAGACUGCUAGAUGCCUAUAGUGUAACAAAGAUGGCACAGUGUUGUAGAGAAUUCCGUGAUAUAUGCUCAGAAUCACAAUUAUGGAAGGAUUUACUAUAUAGGGAUUUUCCAGGAUGUUACCGUACAGUAUCAAAUGACAAAGACUGCUAUCGUUUUAGGUCUCACCACGAGGAGGUGACUACGCAUACGAGACCCACCCUGGACCCUUAAUCCCAUUGAUUGGAAAUUGAAUAUCUUGAAAAAGCUUGUGGCAUUUACACAAGCUUGAGUUUAAUAUGAUAUCUACAAAUAUACGUGAGCAUAAAGAUUGUUCUUAAAAUGUAUUGCACCAAUUCAGGCUCUCUAAAAUAUAUAUCCUAUAUACAUAGAUACGUGCAUAUAAUAUGUAUAUAUACGUAAUAUUAUAUCACAUUAUUAACUAUAAUUUAAUGUAUAGUUUAUUAAGGAGAGUAAACUAGAGUAUAUAUAUGAGAAUUCUUAAGAACACUUAUAUUAUAUUUGAAUUUUAAAUAAUUUUAUUCUUUAUGUUCUCAGGAACACGGAAUACUACAGCUUACAGUAGUCGAUUGAAAUCCACUAAUUGUAAGAAAAAUAAGUGAGAAGCAUGCAUACGAAGGUAGAUUAUUGUGACGUAAACUAUUGAAAAAUAUUAAUUAUCAAGACUUACCCUGCACGAGUGUGAUGACACUCGCUGCAAUGAAUGGCUUUUCAGUUCAAAAUUGAGGUCGCAUUUAAGUUCAGAUUAUCAUAUUUGAAUCUUUAACCAAUUACCGAAGAAACCAAAACAUGCGACUCACCGUCGUAGAAUUGGAAAUUGGUUGCCACAAAUUCUUUGCUCAAGUCUAUGAACGUUGUUUCUUUUCUUCUAAAAUUCUUCUACCGGUUUUAUAAAGGACACGCUCUGGUGGCAGAAAAGAACAGAACAGAAAAUAAAUUAUUAAAAUAUUAAAUAGUGUUUUGAAAUGUUACAGAAACAGAACAAUUAUUUCAUUGUUAUAAGGAAUUUAUUAAAAUUGUUAAAUAAUGUUUAAAUGUAGUGAAUAAUUAAGUUAAUGACUUUAUGUUGUUAUAAACAAAUUUUUAAAAUUGUUAAGUAAUGUUUGAAAAUAUUAUUGAAAUAAAAUAAUUUAUUGACAAUGUUAAAUAAUAUUUAGGAAUGUUAUAGAAAUGAAUCCGUGAUUUAAUUGCUAUAAAUAAAGUAUUAGAAAUAUUAGAUAUCGCCCAGCUUACGAUAAUAAAAGUUUCCGUGUUGUAGAUGUGUACGCUGCGAAGGUUCAGGUAGUAGUAACGAUCUCCCGCUGUAGUAUCACUCAAAGUCAUCGUGAAUAUUUGGAGAGAGGGCAAAACUUUCGAUACGUCGAUAUCUGAUUUUCCUAUUAUAACAAUCAAUAAUUUUUAGAUUAUUACUGCACAUUUAUACUUUCGGCGAUUUAUUAUAAUAAUUAACAUUAUAAUUUAUAUAUUUAUUAUAAGUUACAAUUACAUUUAAAGUUUCAUGUCAUUAGUUUUUCAUCUGUAAUUAUAUUAAUAUUAUAUUAAAUGCUAUAUAUUAUAUUAUGAUGGAAAUAGUUAUGUUAUAAAAAUGAAGUUGACCAGUUAUCGUCAAUCAUGCAUGGCCACGGUAAAUGUACAUAUGGGUGGGGCAGAUAAAAAUAUUACAAGUUGUUUUCUCCGAAGCCAUUGCAAAUAUCAACUUGAAAUUUUUUAGUGUUAAAUAGUAUAGAGGGGAUAAGAUAUUGUGCGGGUGAGUUUUUUGGGAAUGAAAGGGAUGUUACCCCUUUUUUUUUUUAAUAGGGUGGCAUUAAUUUAUCGAUAUUCUGACAGAUGUUAUCAAAUUUAACAACUUUUACCUAAGGUAUAUUUUUUUAUUUUUCAUAGUUACAGAGUUAUAGCGGAAAAUACCUUAUGUAAGGAGAUUUUUGUGACGAUGUGGAAAGAUAUCAAAAGAAAUAUAUUAUGCUUUGAAAACACGCGUCUAUUCCUGUGAUAAUAGUUUUGCCAAUAUUUGAUAACAUUAUUGGAAUUAUAGAUUUACAUGCCGUCUGAAUUCAUCUUUUAAUAUCUUUUUUCAUAGUGAGUGCCGUUGUAAUCACUUUUUCCUUUACAUAGCUCAAUAGAAAAUAAUCAACUGACGUUAAAUUAGCUGACCUAUUUGAGAAAUAAUUUUCAAAGCAGAAUAAACGUUUUUUAAUGUUUUCCGACACCUUCGUGGAACUUUCCUUGCGUAAGAUAAAAAGAAAUGGGGAUGGGAGAUGGGGGACAUAUUUUUGCCUUAUGAAAGUCACCCUCACAAUAUUUUACACUGUGAGAUGUUAGCCUUUCUGUACCAUUUAACGUUUGAAAACUUCAAGUUGAUAUCUGCAAUGGUUUCAGGGAAAAUAGCCUAUAUCUAACACUUUAUCUGUUCCACACCGUAUAAAAAUUCUACUUGGUGUGAAAUAAAAAUUGCAAUACUGCAUCUUCCAAAGAGGAAAGAAUUGAUACAUUAUCUAAAUUUCAAAUUUUUCAAAGUGUUAUUAUAAGCUUCGAAUUUUUAUUAUUUACCAUAAUAUUUUAUACUAAUUUAUAAAGUUUAUAACUUAUUUAAGCGUAUACUGUCGUCCAACAAUUAUGUAGUAAAUAUGUAUAUGAAUCUACUAUGUUUACACGAAUAUAAUUCUGCUUCAUGUCAUAUAAGACUAUGUUAAAGCAUUACUCUACUUUAAUUAUUAAUUUAAGUUAUCUUCUUACGUUGAUUUAUUUAAUAAAAUUGGAACAUUAUAUCUAUUACUGACUCUAAUCGUAAGCAAGAAAAAUGGGUAAAUAGAAUACGUUAUAAGCAUGGUAGCUUCUAUUCAAAAUUAUCUUUUUAUCAAUCGCUUUCCAUUCAGUUUGUAUAACGAUGAACAGAAAUGCUAUAAGCAUACAGCAUUCUUUAUUUUGUAAUUACGAAAUGUCUUGUUCUAUACUGUAUUUGUAGUUUCAUAGAAAAAUUAGAUUUUGAUUCAAACCAUUACUAUACUUAAUUGAUAAUGUCGUGUGCGACACGAAAAUGAUAAGAGAUCAGGUGAUCCUGAAACGUGAAGUACAAAAAAGCAUUGUCAGAUUUAUUCUCAUCUGUACCAAUACACAUGUAGUUCACUUAAUAGUUAAUAACUGAAAUCUAGUCUAGGAUUCCAGAUUACCUCGAAACCUCGACGAGAAUUUUAAAUGGUCUAGACUACACUGUAGAAAGCGUGAAAUCGGUAAUCUCUGACAGAUACUUUAUCGAUGAUACACAAGGAAGUGUUAAUCAAAUAAAAUUAUGUAUAUAGAAGAUUUUUCUUAAAUAAAUAUUUUUGAAG